ACCAGCCGGAGCGCGACCCGGAGCCGCAGCCAGAGCCCGGACCAGGCCGGGGUCCGGGACCGCAGGGCCGGGCUGCUCGUAGCGGCGGCGACGGAGCCCCCCAGCGGCUGAAGGGCUUCCUCCCAGCUCCUGCCGGUGGCCGGGACUCAGCAAGCCCCCCGAGGCUGGAGAGCGCGGGGAUCCCCCACCACCUCCAGGACCCAGAAACCCCCAGGAAGGCGGGGAGGCCCCUCCAGAUCCAACACAGAACGACUCCCCAGCCGGAGAAAGCGGAGACUUCCUCCGUAUUCAAAAGAUAGCGACCUCCCUACGGUACCGCGAAGACUCCCCCUCUUCAGUCUGGGCCCCCCAAGACCUAGAACGCAGUGACCCCCCCGUCCGAGAUUGCGGGGACCCCUUCUCAAGAUCCUGGUCAUUACAACUCCACACCUCAAGACACGAAGACCUAGCUCAGAACACCCCUAGAUCAGGGGGUCCUAGAUCCCCCCAUUCCGGUACACAGAACCCCCAAAUCUAGGGACCCGAGGACAGCAAGAGAUAUCCUUCACCAGCAAGAGGCCUCGUCCCCCCCUCCCCCCCAAAGCUCCAGGACCGGGGCGACUGAGCCCGUCGCGGCGCCCUUCUCAUCCUAGCCCAUGGUCGUGGCGCCCUGAGCCCCCCGGGCCGGGCUGACGAAAAGCGACACGGCGCCCAGGCCUCCUGCCGCGGCGUCCCCGCGGCCCCAGCCCAGGGAGAAGAUGAGCGUGGGCUGCCCAGAGCCCGACCCGCCCCACUCCCUGCCCUGCUGUGGGCCAGGGGCCACCUCUGGACUGGGUGCAGGCGUGCCCCUCCUCACCGAAGACAUGCAGGCGCUGACCCUCCGCACGCUGGCUGCCAGCGACGUCACCAAGCACUACGAACUUGUCCGGGAGCUGGGCAAGGGCACCUACGGGAAGGUCGACCUGGUGGCCUACAAGGGCACAGGCACGAAAAUGGCGCUGAAGUUUGUGAACAAGAGCAAAACCAAGCUGAAGAACUUCCUGCGGGAGGUGAGCAUCACCAACAGCCUCUCCUCCAGCCCCUUCAUCAUCAAGGUCUUUGACGUGGUGUUUGAGACCGAGGACUGCUACGUUUUUGCGCAGGAGUACGCGCCCGCUGGGGACCUGUUUGACAUCAUUCCUCCUCAGGUGGGGCUCCCCGAGGACACGGUGAAGCGCUGCGUGCAGCAGCUGGGCCUGGCGCUGGACUUCAUGCACGGGCGGCAGCUGGUGCACCGCGACAUCAAGCCCGAGAACGUGCUGCUGUUCGACCGCGAGUGCCGCCGCGUGAAGCUGGCCGACUUCGGCAUGACGCGCCGCGUGGGCUGCCGCGUGAAGCGCGUGAGCGGCACCAUCCCCUACACGGCGCCCGAGGUGUGCCAGGCGGGCCGCGCCGACGGCUUCGCCGUGGACACGGGCGUGGACGUGUGGGCCUUCGGCGUGCUCAUCUUCUGCGUGCUCACCGGCAACUUCCCGUGGGAGGCGGCCUCGGGCGCCGACGCCUUCUUCGAGGAGUUCGUGCGCUGGCAGCGGGGCCGCCUGCCGGGGCUGCCGUCGCAGUGGCGCCGCUUCACCGAGCCCGCGCUGCGCAUGUUCCAGCGGCUCCUGGCGCUCGAGCCCGAGCGCCGCGGGCCGGCCAAGGAGGUCUUCCGCUUCCUCAAGCACGAGCUCACGUCCGAGCUGCGGCGCCGGCCCUCGCACCGCGCGCGCAAGCCCGCCGCCGGGGACCGGAAUCCCCAAGGAGGCACCUGCAGGUUGGUUCAGGCCCUUAGGCAGCAAAAUGGAUUCACCCAGCGCCCCCUCAUGACCCCUGCCCUCUGUGGAGGCCCGGGACCCCGCAAUAACCUCAACGUGGUGCGCAAAAGGGCUAUAGGUCCCCCUGCCCUGCCCGGGUCCAGUUUACAAACAGCGUGCGGCUGCCCCAGGGCCUGGACCCCUUUCCCCGAUGUGCCCACCCCUCUCGACACCCACCUCCCAGCAGGCAUUGGGGCCCUCCACAUGCCAGAUGGAGAAGCUGGGGACCAGCGGGAACGGGUCCCGCUCCAGACCUUCACUCCGCGCCCAGCGCUUCCCCAAGCCCCGCUCUCCCUCAUUGCAGCCAUCCUCUGCCGUCUCCGUGGGCUACCUCGGGGGACGUGCAUCUGA